CUCGAGAGGCUUAGAGGGGAAAGAAAUUUGCAUGCCACAAAAGGCAACACAAAAGUUGAGUCAUGCAUGGGAGCAUCAGUAAGGUUAUACAGGCCUAUUGGGCUAAAAGUGUACUGUUAUCGUUUAUCAUCAUUGGAUCAAUAGACCCAAGAUGUACCUGUGUUCAAACAUAUGCAUGGUACUCUAUUUGAGGGAAAAUACCACUAGCGGGUACAUACUCAUACCUUAAUUUAUGCUCAUACACCACGUAUAUUGAUUUUUCUAAAAAUAUUGUACCCCGCACCGGCCCUACCCACGCCUAGGCAACAUAGAGUGAGACAGACAUUAGUGAAAGAAAACGCUUCGUGCCAUGUCAGCAGCACCAAUGGUUUGUCACAAAUCAAGUGGACUCUCAUCCUUUGCAAAUUGCAAAAAGCAAAGAAUUAUCAUCACAAGUGAAUGGUUGUGUUUGUGACACAAUAGACAUUUUGUGGACCACAAUUUUACUUACUCUAUCUUGUGAUUUUAUGACAACUAGAGAGGCAAGUAUUGAGAAGAACUGCUUCUCUCUUUUUUCCUGGCAAUGGCAACUUUGCACUCUCUUGCAUUCUCCUCUCCGCUCUACAAGUCAGUACAGAAGCCACGCUCAUACUCAGUCCCUUCAAUUGUCCAUGGAAGCUUGAACUUAAACUCCUCAUUCAAUGGUCAAUAUUUACAUGUGCCAAGUUUAAGGUUACCAAUGACAACUCAAAAAACUCCACUGCAUAUGCCGGUUAUCAUGAUGGCGGGGAAACCCAAAAUACAGUUCAUUCAAGGAACUGAUGAACUGACAAUACCAGAUGUGAAGCUGACAAAAUCUAAAGAUGGAACAAAUGGUAUGGCUAUCUUCAGGUUUGAUCAACCUUCAGUUUUUGAUUCAUCUGGAGAAGUAGGUGACAUUACAGGUUUUUACAUGAUUGAUGAGGAAGGAGUCCUUCAAUCUGUUGAUGUAAAUGCUAAAUUUGUCAAUGGAAAACCCUCUGGAAUUGAAGCCAAGUAUAUAAUGCGGACUCCACGGGACUGGGAUAGGUUCAUGCGAUUCAUGGAGCGGUACUCUAAUGCUAAUGGUUUGCAAUUCAUAAAAUAUUGAGUUAAUGUACUAACUUUUUCCCUUCUAUUCUUUUGUCCUCUGUCAAGAAGUUUGAUUUCUAUAAUUUAGUUACCAGUAUGUAACUGAUUUCCUAUAGAUCUCAAAGCUCAUUGUCCUAAGGAUUUCUUUUAUUAUGUUAAAAAGGCAAGAAAUUUUGUUAGUAAAUAUUGUAAUACGCAUGCGGCUGCAUUGCAAUUCUAUAAGCAUGUUCUGUCUGUUGUUUUUUCUA